GUGAGAGGCACUGCGAUGGCAACUGAGCUGCGAUAUCUGGGGAAGGUGGUCAUAGUAACGGGGGGCACGAAGGGCAUCGGCAAAGGCAUCGUCAGAGAAUUUGUUCUCCAAGGAGCCAACGUGGUUUUCUGUGCACCAGAAUCUGGUGAAGAACAGGGGAAGGCCAUUGAACAGGAACUGCAGGAUUGUGGGGCUGCUGGGGAAGCUCACUUUCAGAUCUGCGAUGUUCGCUAUGAAAAAGCAAUUCAGAAUCUGGUUGCUGUGACCAUUGAACUUUAUGGACGCCUUGACUGCCUGGUGAACAAUGUUGGAAUCCAUCCCUCUAAUAAAACAAUCGAUGAUUUCACAGCAGAAGAUUUCCGCAACCUCAUGGCCAUCAAUGCUGUCAGCUACUUCUUAGCAUCUAAGUAUGCUCUGCCUUACCUCCGAAAAACAAAAGGGAACAUCGUAAACAUUUCCAGCCUUAGCCAUGUUAUUGGAAGCAAGCAGUCAGUAACCUAUGGUGCAACCAAGGGUGCGGUUAGUGCAAUGACAAAAGCUCUGGCCAUUGAUGAGAGCAAGAAUUGUGUUCGAGUCAACAGCAUUUCACCUAGCUGUAUCUGGACUCCAGCAUGGGCAAGGGAGGCAAGCGAAACACCCGAUCCAGAGGCAACAAUCCAGAAAGGAAAAGAUUUUCAGCUUAUGGGACGGAUGGGGACCCCUGCGGAGAUUGCAAAGGCUGCCCUGUUCCUUGCCGCCGAUGCCACAUUCUGCACAGGAUGUGACCUUGUGGCCAGUGGUGGAGCUGAGCUUGGCUUUGCCCAUAAGAGCCCAUUUACUCCUGGAUGUGACUCUAUAAACUAGUGGAGUCGACCAGAAAGGGAGGGUUGCAUUACCUUCAAGACAGAAUGCCAAUUUUCAUGCUUUUCAUCCAGGUAGAGGGCUACCUCAAAAGGUAGUUGUAUCCACUAUCCAUGUAUUGUAACCCAUACAAAGAAGUUUGCUGGAAGAUUCAUGCCUAUUUCUAUAUGGCUAUAUCUCCCAACACCCAGCAGCUAAUUCAUCCUAUGUGAAGAAAACACUGGAAAUUGCAAUCCAGCAACAUCUGGAGGGCCACAUGAUUCCCAUGUAACACUUCAGAGGCAUAAUAAUUUCAUAUAUGCUACAAGGAUUAAGAAGGUGCUUUGCCCCAGAGCUCCUUUCCUGUUUUUGAAAGCAGAACUGCAGCAGGUACAGCUUUUUAAAUCUGUGCAUAACCAUAACUUAAAAGCCUGUGGUCUUCUAGAGUUGUGAUUUCUUGCAUUUAGACCUCCAGGUGUUUUGGUGCCCUAUUCCAACCACACUUUGUUUCUUCAACAUAGACUCACCCUCUUAAUGUUUCACAAAAAAGUUAAAACCUGGCUAUAUGAGCAGGCUUUUCCCAAACACAGUGUAGCUAUUAAACUGAUCACGGAACGGCUGGACAACGUGACUGGAUAAUGACUGGUAAUGAAAUGCGGAGGACUUAUGGUUUUUAUUAUGAUUAUUGAUGUUAAUUGUAAUGAAUCUUUUAUCCAUGUUAAAUGUUUUUAA